AUGCUCCCCCGUCUGGCUCAACAGCCCGCCCCCCUGUCGGACGUGGCGACCGACAACGACGGGUCUGCCAUCGUGCCCGUGGACGCGUGGCUGUCUGCACACGCCAAGGCGGACGACUUCCCGGGCAUUUUCGCGUGCUACGACAGCCAGAAGUCCCUGCAGUACGUGGGCCACUCCGACGCGGUCAUCCGCGCGGUGUGCGACACGUGGGAGCGCACGGAGGACGUGCUCGCUUACGUGCGCGUGCAAGCGAUCAAGAACCACGCGAUGGCCACGGAGAGCGUCCGCGAGUCGCAGGCGCGCGCCUGGAUCAACGAGGCCGGCACGACGCCGCCGGGCAACGGCACCGACAAGCGCAUCUGGAUGGGCCCCUCAGAGUACCUCUCGGACACCGAGGUCGAGGGCGCGGAGCCGGAGGAGCGGCCGCGCGUGAGCCCUUUCUUGCAGGCCGCCGCGCAUCGCUCCAUCGCCAACGACGCCUCCGACGACGAGGCCCCCGUCCUGACUGCCGACGCCGCCGACGAGGUCCUCGAGGAGGUCCGGCCGUUCCUGCUCGCGGACGGCGGCGACGUCGAGGUCGUCAAGGUGCAGGACGGCAACGUGUACGUGGAAAUGCAAGGCAACUGCGGGUCGUGCUCGUCGAGCGAAGCCACGCUGCGCAUGGGCAUUGAGCGCGCGCUGCGGAGCCGGUUCGGCGACCAGCUCCGCGAGGUGAUCCAGGUGGCGACGGAGGACCUCGGGACGUCGGCGGACGGCGUCAACGCGCAUCUCGACGGCCUGCGCCCGGCGAUCAAGGCGUACGGCGGGGAGGUGCGCGUGCUCGAGGUGCUCGAGGGGCGCUGCACGGUGCUGUACACGGGGCCCGUGACGAUCGCGGCGGGCAUCCGCGCGGCGGUGAAGGACCGCUUCCCGGACAUCGUGGAGGUGGUGUUCCAGGACGAGAGCGGCGCGCCGGUCGAGGUGAAGUGA